AAACUAGAAGUAAUAAAAAAAUUAAGAGAACGACGUUAUUUCUAACUUGACGGAAAAUUAAGUCAAAACAACGAUUGAUCUGUUGUGAACAUAACACUUCAAAAGUUUACGUAAUUCUUUAAACAAACUCAAGGUCCAUUAAAAUCAAGUAAGAAAACCUAACCUGAAAGUUAUGAGUGUAAGAAGUUUUAUUUUUAAUACAACAGUGAGACAAACCUCUUUACUGAGGCAAAUAAGGCUUUCAUCAUGUUGGUCUUGUGGCAAAGACGUUAUGAACAUACAGCCUAGUUUGUUUUGUGGAAGUUGCAAUGCGUUACAACAGCCACCCAAAGAUGAAAACUAUUUUAAAAUUAUGGGGGUGAAGGAAUCCUAUGACUUAGACGAGUCAGAAUUAGCAAAGAAAUACAAGGAAUUACAGAAAUAUCUACACCCUGAUAAGUAUGCUAACAGAAAAAGAGAAGAACAAGAUAUCUCAGAAAAGUAUUCAUCAUUGGUUAAUGAAGCAUACAAGACCUUAUUGGAGCCAUUAAACAGAGGUAUUUACAUGUUGCGCUUACAAGGCAAAGAGAUACCAGAACAAACAGAAGUAGACCAAGCUUUCCUAAUGGAAAUCAUGGAAAAGAAUGAAGAAGUAGAAAAUGCGGAGACAGAAAAAGAAAUAAUGGAAUUAAACGCAGAAAACAAAGCCAAAAUAAAUAGUUUACAGAAAGAGGUCUCUGCUGCGUUUUUUGAAGGAGACAUGAAGAAAGUUAUCAAGUUAUUAGGUCUUAUGAAGUAUUAUACUAGCAUAGACACUCAAAUACAACUAUCUAUACGUAAUAAAGGAAUUAUACGGUAAAGUAAUAAUGCCUAGCACUUAUACCUACCUGAGUCAGGGUGGCGCCACUGUCGCAAACCUUUUUGUGAAACGGUUUAUCUU